AUGACCCAGCGAUCCUGUGUCACCGUCAAGUCAGGCGGCUCUCGGACCUUCAGCGCCUCCUCGGCCAGCUGCCGGCCCAGCUUCAGCUCGUUCUCGGUGUCCCAGGGCGGGAAGAGUUUCGGAUGCGGCUUCGGGAGCGGCUUCGGGACCAGAAGCCUUCACAGCCUCGGGGGUAGCAGCAACAGGAUCUCCAUCAGCGGGGGCUACCGCUCUAGCCAGGCCGGCUUUGGGGGCUCUGGCUAUGGGUUGGGUGCUGGCAGGAUGGGGGGCAUCGGCGGCGGGUAUGGAUUUGGAGGUGGGAUGAUGAUGCCCGGAGCUGGGGGCAUCCACGAGGUCACGGUCAACCAGAGCCUCCUCACGCCCCUCCACCUGGAGAUCGAUCCCUCUCUCCAGCGGGUGAGGAAGGAGGAGAAGGAGCAGAUCAAGACCCUCAACAACAAGUUCGCCUCCUUCAUCGACAAGGUGCGUUUCCUGGAGCAACAGAACAAGGUUCUGGAGACCAAGUGGAACCUGCUGCAGGAGCAUAAAAUCACCAAAACCAACCUGGAGCCCAUGUUUGAGACCUACAUCAACAGCCUGCGGCGCCAGCUGGACUGCCUGGGGGGCGAGCGGUCGAGGCUGGAGAUGGAGCUGAAGAACAUGCAGGACGUGGUGGAGGACUUCAAGAACAAGUAUGAAGAAGAAAUCAACAAGCGCACAGUGGCAGAGAAUGACUUUGUGAUGCUCAAGAAGGAUGUGGACGCCGCCUACAUGAGCAAGGUGGAGCUGGAGGCCAAGGUGGACGCCAUAAUGGACGAGAUCAACUUCCUGAGAGCUUUCUACGAGGCGGAGCUGGCUCAGCUUCAGGCUCAGAUCUCUGAGACCUCCGUGAUCCUGUCCAUGGACAACAACCGCUCCCUGAACCUGGACAGCAUCAUCGCCGAGGUCAAGGCCCAGUACGAGGACAUCGCUAACCGCAGCCGGGCCGAGGCCGAGAGCUGGUACCGCAGCAAGUACGAGGAGCUGCAGCAGUCCGCCGGCCAGCACGGGGACGACCUCCGCAGCACCAAGAUGGAGAUCUCCGAGCUGAACCGCAUGAUGCAGAGGCUGCGGGCCGAGAUCGAGAACCUGAAGAAGCAGUGCGCCAACCUGCAGGCCUCCAUCGCCGACGCCGAGCAGCGCGGGGAGAUGGCCCUCAAGGACGCCAGGAGCAAGCUGGCCGAGCUGGAGGACGCCCUGCAGAAGGCCAAGCAGGACAUGGCCCGGCAGCUGCGCGAGUACCAGGAGCUGAUGAACGUCAAGCUGGCCCUGGACAUGGAGAUCGCCACCUACAGGAAGCUGCUGGAGGGCGAGGAGUGCAGACUCACUGGAGAAGGUGUCGGACCCGUGAACAUCUCGGUCGUGUCCUCCUCCGGCGGCUCCGGCUACAGCGGGGGCGGCGGCCUCUGCAUGGGCAGCGGCGGCGGCGGCUACAGCAGCAGCGUCUGCUACGGCAGCAGCAGCGGCAGCGGCGGCGGCUUCAGCUCCACCAGCAGCCGGAACGUGGGCAGCAGCUCCAGCAUGCGCGUCGUGUCCAAGACGUCGUCCACCAAGAAGAGCUACCGGAGCUGA